UCAAAGGCUUGUCCCUCGCGGCGGCCCGUCCAAGCCUGUGGUGGAGGCGGGCCGCGAGCGUCAGUCCGGACUUGGGGGCGGUGAGGAGAGGAACAGCGAUGGCAAUCAUAGCACGUGCAGGUACUGGCAGAGGAGGAUGGGGUGGCCAUAACCAGAGAUACACCAGUGUUGUCCAACCUUCUAACUUCUCUAAACCCUCUACGUGGGGUGGCAGCAGAAAUGAUGGAAAGGCUUUUUUUGGAUCCUCUGACUAUGGAGCACCAGGCAGUGGCAAUAAAAGUUCAGGAUUUUCUCAAAACAGAUUCUCUGCAUUAAAUUCUGAGCAAAAUAUUGUCAGUGACUACAGAGAUGAAGAAGAGAAGCUUCUUGAAGGUAUAAUAAAAGACAUGGAAGUAUGGGAAUCUUCAGGACAAUGGAUGUUCUCUUGUUAUUCACCUAUGAAAGAAAAGCCUAACAUCUCAGGUUUUCCAGACUUCUCACCAGAAGAGUUGCAUCUUGAAUACUAUAACUGCAGAGCAAACAAUAAUAUUCAGAACUAUAUAAAUUCAGUCCAGCAAUUAAUAAACCAGUCGCGAAAUAGAUUGCUUGAGUUGAAGACUCUAAAUGCAUCUACCAAAGUAGCGUUGGUAUCUGAACUGAAAAAUGCAGUUAAUCAACCAUUGCCUACCUUUGGAUUUGGACAACAGCCACCAACGUUUGGGUCAUCAAGCUUUCCACUAAGCAGCAACAGCAGUAGGAGUGCCAACAAUUUCUCCUUUAAUUCAAAUACUGGAUUUGUCAGUUCAUCCUCUGGAAGCACCACAGCAUUUGGAACCCCUUCUACAGUUCCGGAUUCUUCAGCAUUGGAUGUGACAUCUUCCUCAAGAUCAGCCCAUUCCAUUGGCUUUGGUAGCCAACCAGCUUUAUCUGCAGCCUCAUUUUCAUUUAAAAAGCCUGAAACGGCAAGUGGCUUUGGAGCUUCUGGAUUUUCAGGGUUUGGCAGUUCCUCUGUGGUAAACUCUUCAAACACAACCUCAUUUCCAGCCUUUGGAGCUGUUAAUGCAGCAGCUGCUGUCCCUGCUUCAGAAUCGGGUAACUCUUUGUUUGGACAGUCUGUUAGUGCCUUUGGGUAUAAUGUAGCACCAGCACCUCCUGCAGCCACAAGUAGUAUUACCUCAGAUAAGUUAUUCACACCAAAGACUGAUCUAUCAGCUGAAGACUUGAAGCAAUUUGAAGCAAAGAAGUUUAUGCUGGGAAAGAUUCCUCUAAAGCCACCACCAAUAGAGCUUUUAAAUGUUUGAAAAAACUAACAUGUACAAUAGGCAAAUUCUGGAAUUGUUUCAUAGAAUGUUUACCUUUCUGUGAAUAGGCCACUUGACAAUAUAACAUUUCAAAUGUGUAACUUUGGGGCUUGGCACUCAGAUGCUUUUUUGUAAGUGUUUUUUAAUUGCCUUUCUCAGGGUGCUUCAGGAAGAUAGGAUACCAAUUGUAAAUAUUCUUCGUUUGCUUUGGAAGAGUCUUUAAACCAAGAAGUUUACAAUUGGAAAUAAAGCUUUAUAAUGAAUUAAAUAUAGUGAUAGCACCUCAGUCCAUCCUUCUCUGCUGUGGAAAGAGAAUCUAUUAUGUAAUAAAGUGAGUUAUAUAGUCAAUCCACUGAUAACGAAAUGUGUACAAAGUAAAACUAAUAUAAACAUCAAA